AUGAGCAAGACAACGCAUCGACGUACAAGCCCAAAAACGUUUGUCAGUGGUGCCGUGACCAGCUACCGGACUUCAUCGCUACUGAGGAUUGGCCGCCCUCCUCCCAGAUCUCAACGUUUUAGACUAUCCCGCGUGGGUUAUUUGGAGGAGAAGGCUUGUGCUACUCUUCAUUCCAACAUGGAUUCACUGAAGACCGCCUUUCGUCGGGAAUGGGAGAAAAUCGAUGUCGACUACGUUUCGCUGUUCGACUCGUUCCUAAAGCAAUUGGGGGCCCUUACCGCAAACCGAUAUACGACUCCGUAUUGA